AUGGUUCGGGUAACAGGUUAUGGUCUUGGCGACGGCGAGUUGGACGGUGACAACGGGGAAGAGUCUCAGGAAAUCAGCCGCGCAGACGAAAGACGUUUGGAACGCAUGAGAGAGCAUCUCAUUUCGGCCUGGUCACAGGUUGCAGGUGCGCGUGGAUCGUUCCUUCAAAUGCCCCAACCAGUCAAAGGAAACGACAACCGCCGGGAGAGUUGGCAAGACGCUUGGGAAAGGCGCGUCCACGACUCUGGGCUCUACGACGAGUAUCAGUUUGACCCUUUGUGCGGACUUCAAGCCCUCAUCGACAUCAAAUGGGACGAGGAAGAAGGCUGGUGCUCAGACUGUGUGCGGGCAAGACGGGAAGCCUGGACAAGAAUGCGUCAGAAAACUUGGGAGCGCAUCGGAGUGUGGAUGGGUCUUGACAACUGAACGAAGGUUGGCAUUCGGCCUCUGAUGGUAACUGGCACAUAUCUUGUACAACGUCACCUCAAUUCUUGUUCGCACAUUGUCCGACGCAAUAAAAAUAAUGUGGGAUAAAAUUUACUGCGAUACUACAUACUAGUAGCUACAUCAACUAGAACAGCAUUGCUGCGACUGCAGCAACAGCGAUUGCAGUAAUCAUGCUGCCUGCAUUGCUCGUCAGACCAGCAGCAGAGCUGGUUGUGGUAGCAGUUAUAUUCAUUGGUGCGGGAGCAUCGCUCGUGUUCAGGUUCAGGUUGACGUUAGAAGCAACGAAGGUCGGUC